GUAGAAGAAGAACUUCUACUUCCGUGCUCUGUGGUGUCAACAUUAAACCGUCUAACCGCCACGGUCGUGAAUUAACGGUCGCUGCUGUGACGUUUCACCGACCGUCGGACAGACACUAUGCCGUGGAGGUGCUGUGUUCCCGGGUGUAAAGGCUACGAUGAGGCCAAGUCCAUGGGCGUCGUGUUUCACGGGUUACCGACCAGAGACCCGCAGCGCUGCAGAACAUGGCUGACGGCGAUAAGGAACCCCAGGUACGACGAGAACACACCUGUGUCCAAGUACAGCGGGGUCCGGGUGUGCAGCCUGCACUUCACCCCCGACGACUACGAGGAGGACUUCCGGGCGAAAAUACUCAACGUCACGCCCAAGCCGAUGCUGAAGAGCGGCGCCGUGCCGUCAGUGUUCCCCGGGAGAGGGCAGGGGGAGCCCGGCGGAGCAGACCCAUCUCCCCCGGCUCCAAAGAGAAGCAGAACCCGGCCGACCUGUGGAGCAGCGGCCGGCUCGUCACAGUCGCCUCCAGCCGCCGCCUCAGAGGACAGCUUCUGCAUCGUGGUGUCGGUCGACCCGCUGGACGACAGCAGCUUCCACUCAGAGCCAGAGUGCGACGAGUCCGAUGAGUCCGACGAGGACCCCGACAAAGACUGCACCAUCGUUUACAACCACAACCUGAUGGAGUUGUUCAGGAUGUGUCAGACUUGUGGGCAGCCCAUCGUGGAGAAGGAGGUUUUCCACUCGGGGGCUCAGAUGAGGGUGAAGUGGAGCUGUCAUGGCGGACACUCUGGAACGUGGAAGUCCUCGCCUCGUCUGAGAGACGUGCCGCCGUAAAAUCCACCCACCCGCUCACUCCCUCACUGAGUGCUGCUGGACGGACACUCAGAGUGGGAGGAGGGUUAAAGACACGGGACAAGAGCGUUCUCAUGGGGGGGGGGGUCAGCUACCAGCUGGAGGACAUGUUGAACCACCAGGGUUCACACUGCCACUGAACCUUCAUGUGACACCCAACUGCUGCAGGUCAGUGGUCUGAUGAGAAGUGACUGCAUCAAUAAGGCAACUGACUGGGGCCCUCACCUACCGGGGGCCCUAACCUACCGGGGGCCCUCACAGCUCCAGGUUCCGUUAUGAUGUUUACAUUAAAAGAUGUAUAAUGAUGUCACUAUUGUAACU